CGCUCGCGCAUUCGCAUUAAAUUUCGAAUCCGCGCGGCGCGGCUCACCAUCACGCGUCGUCCAUCCUCCCUCUCUCUCUCUUUCUCUUUCUCUCUCUCUCUUUCUCUCUCUCUCUCUCUCUCUUUCUCCCCCUCCUCUCCUCGCCGACCUCCCUCGCCGGUGACGCGUCUUCAGCGCCAGUUUCUCGCGGGGGAUUUUCAAAUCGGCGCGGCACGCGUGAUCGAGUACAGAGUGCACGUGUCCGUCUCGCGUCGUCCUUCGGCGAUUGUCGUCGAUUCCUCGGCGAGGGUGUCAUCGGGCGAGAGGAGAUAUGCCCGUCGUUGUCGGUCGCGUCGCGUACGAGUCGCUCGCAUCGAAGCAAGAAGAGAAGGACGUGUGAUUGUUGCGUGCGUAACAUACAGGUUAUGGAUUAAGAAGGAUUAUAAUCGGCGCGAAUACGGUGAGCUUGAAUUGUCGAUGCUACGAGUUAUUUAUACGAGAAACGAGCCUCGCGCCAAUUAAAAAGGUUCGGUUGAAAUCGCGUUUUCUGCAUCCUCGAAAAGGUCGCAUCUUUUGUUGCGAGUGAAGUGAGAAACAGAUUUGUGACGCGCGGAGAUUCGCGCGCGAUACAGAAGGCGCAUUUUUUCAUAUUUAUCUGUGGCAUCGAUGAUCGGAUUCGCCGAAAAGUUUUAAUUUCGAUUAGAGAGAGUUCCCGGAAAACCGUGUAUCCUAAGUGCUAGAAGGAGAUAACGAAGGAAAGAAUCUCGCAGGGACACUUUCAUCUUAUAACGAUAUAACCUUAUCGACAAAGAUAAAAGGAGAAACGACAUCCGUGUGAGAUUACACCAAGAAGAGAAUGCAAAGAGUCAAGUCUCGCAAAAUUCGAUGAUCGUGAAUCGCAUCGUAUGAGGAGAUAAACCAUCUUCCUCCUGAUAGUGUGUUGGUGUGCAGUGAUCGAUACGGAAAUUGCAUACGGAAGCGAGAAAACAGCUGCCGGAAAUCUCACGCCGGAAAAAGAAACACGUAAAACGUCGAUCUAUCGCCGGGACCGAACGGCGUCUGUGUGGAGAGCAUCAUACGUGUGGAGAGGAGAACAGCUUUACAUCAGACGACUUCCCCGUUCGUCAUCGUGAUGAUGCUGAAGAUCUCGCUGGCCAUAGCGAUGGAAACAUGAGGACCGUGAUAGAUCGCGCAUCCGAUCGACGAAACUUCACUCCUACCGACUAUAAAUGACCGAUGUGACGCAACCAGUCAGGAAUAUUUUUAUGCAAAAUGACUCGCGCCCUUGUCCUUCUCUGCAUGGUCAUCAUUCUACCUCUCUUACGAUGCCACAAGAUCCACGAGCAUAUGACAAGGGAAGAGAUGCUAUCGGUAUUUUACACGGGACACGAGUCCGUGCCGCCGUACGAAGUCGUGCCUGUGUUGCAUACGGUGCACAAGAGGAGCGUGGACGCGAAACCACAGAUUCAUCUGAAGGCCUUCGGCAAAGACAUCAGCCUUUCGUUAAAGCCUACGAAAGGAUUAUUGACGGCCAACAGCCUGCCAAUGUGGACCGUCACCAGAAACACAUCGCAACCCGAUGGCCUUCAUUACGAGAGGAUAAAGGAUGUUGAUGUAGAUAUCGGUGACAUUUAUCAAGAUACGGAGAACAUGGCUUCCAUUCUACUACACCGAGACACGAAUGGGAAAGUGCACGUUGACGGAAUCAUCGGUUCAGAAUUAGUUAUACGACCACUGCCAGAACGUGUUCUACAGGAAGUAGUGAGCGAGGCAUCAGCCUUCUACGAACCCGAUUUACUGCCCAAUGUAACUAGAAAGGAAAACUUAAAACGUACAAGUCAUCAUAUCGUUUUUAAAAAAAUUGGUCGACCUGUUGGCGACGAAUAUAACGAUUUUUCGUUUAUGGAGCCCGAUCAUUUAGCCAAGAGAUAUAGAAGCAAACGUUCGAUCAAUAACAGAUCAAAGCGCGAAGCACCGUAUGUUAUUUACCCGGAAAUCCUUUGCAUUGUGGAUUAUGAUGGGUACAGGUUGCACGGUGGUGACAACGUACAGAUAAAGAGAUACUUCGUAUCCUUUUGGAACGGAGUAGAUCUGAGGUAUAAAUUACUGAAAGGGCCAAAAAUACGUAUCAGUAUAGCGGGAAUAAUUAUUUCACGGGGACGAGACGCGACGCCGUAUUUAGAAAGAAAUCGCGUGGGAAGAGACGCAAUCGACUCGGCAGCUGCUCUCACUGACAUGGGCAAAUAUCUUUUCCGAGAGAGAAGACUUCCUGUGUACGACAUUGCCGUUGCCGUUACAAAAUUAGAUAUGUGCAGGAGGCAAUACGCGAAUGAUGUGUGCAAUAGAGGAACUGCAGGAUUCGCCUAUGUUGGUGGGGCGUGUGUCGUCAAUAAGCGUCUCGAAAAGGUGAAUUCGGUCGCUAUCAUCGAGGAUACCGGUGGAUUUAGCGGUAUCAUUGUCGCUGCGCACGAAGUGGGCCAUCUAUUGGGCGCCGUUCACGAUGGUUCACCUCCGCCGAGUUAUCUAGGUGGACCGGGUGCCGAGAAGUGUCGAUGGGAAGAUGGAUACAUCAUGAGCGAUCUUAGGCACACUGAGAAAGGCUUCAAAUGGUCACACUGCAGCGUGUCCUCUUUCCAUCACUUUUUAAAUGGUGAUACAGCGACCUGUUUAUACAAUGCGCCUCACGAAGACGAGGCAUUGCCCAGAGUACUUCCGGGAAAACUUUUAUCCUUAGAUGCGCAAUGUCGGAAAGAUCGUGGGACAAGCGCUUGUUUCAAAGACGAUCGGGUUUGCGCUCAGCUAUUCUGUUUCGAUGCUGGAUCCGGAUACUGCGUGGCGUAUCGUCCAGCAGCAGAAGGUUCGCCUUGCGGGGAUGGUCAGUACUGUCUGAAUGGAAAGUGCGUGGCGGAGCACGAAAACAUAAUACCGGAUUAUACGCAGAACAUUCCGACCUACGUACGCCGAGAUAGCAUAUUCAAUCCAACGCUGCAUAAUAGGCCGAUAUUCGCUCAGUAUAACAACACAGAUUAUAGGUAUCCAUGGGAAUCAACGACACUGAGCACACCAUUAUCGAGUAUAAUCGCGUCGACGACACGGACGACAAUAACGACACCAUCGACUUAUAAACGUGUCACAAUACCGGGCGUAACUACGCUGUCGAAAUAUACACAGACAACCAUUAAUAACUUAUAUACCGAUCGAUUUAAGACUAAAUAUAGUAGUAAUAUUAAUAAUAAUAAUAAUAGCGGCAUUGGUGGCAUCAGCACCACCACUCGGAGAAGCGUUACCAAUUUCUUCAACUCGUACUACACUGUCAGUACUACUCCAAAGGUCACUAUCGGUCCGAAAAUUAAUCCAUUCAAAUAUAAAAGCGUGAUGUCACUUUCCACGACGACCAAAGGAUAUCAGAACGGCCUUCGAAAUGACGGCCGCGGUAAGAGAAAAAUGUUUUUCGCGAUAUUUCUGAUCGCGUUAUGUCUGAGCGGAGUACCGUUUAUACAAUGCAAGCAGCUUCACGAAUAUAUGACGCCGGACGAAGUAAUGUCCGUUUUUCAUACUCCACCUCAUCUUGUACCCAAGUACGAAGUAGUAUCCUUGUUACAUCGUUUGAAAAAGAAAUUGAAAGGCGACGACGAUGAUGCAACCGAGGUACAGCUAAAAGCAUUUAAUGAAAGCGUUAGAUUAUACUUGAAUCCUACGGAAGGUAUCCUGGCCAGUGAGAAUACACCUGUAUGGACUGUCACGUCCGAUCCGGAAUCACCAGAAGGAUUGCUUUAUAAGCAAGUACCCUCGGCUAUGGAAUAUAUGGGGAUACCGCUUCAAGACGUAUACAGCUCGAGCGCAGUUGUAUUGACACCCACUCCCGACGGUCAAGUGCAUUUGGAUGGAGUGCUAAAUAAUUCACUCGUCAUAAAAUCUCUUCCGCAUCGAGUCCUGAAGGAAGUCGCCUACGGAGGACAUAAUCUCUACGAGCCGCAUUAUAAGAAGAAUGUAACGAGUGACGACGAAUUCACUUAUACACAUCAUCAUGUGGUGUACAAAAUGCCUCAGUCGCAUCAAUACAAUGAUUUCAAAAUUGCAGAUCCGAAGAAUCGCAGAACAAAACGUAACGCUCCAGAAAUCAUUUAUCCGGAAUUCUUAAUAAUAAUCGAUUACAGAGAAUACAAAUUACUUGGUGAAAAUAUCGCCAAAGCCUUACGAUAUCUGGUCUCAUUUUGGAACGGAGUCGACUUGAGAUAUCGUUUAUUGAGCUCGCCUAGAAUGCGUUUAAAUAUCGCAGGAAUAAUUAUAGCUUUGGAUGAUGACGCAACUCCGUAUCUAGAAAAGUCUCGUUUCGAAGCUUCGUCCGUAGAUGCGGAUCUUGCUCUACGCGCUAUGGCAGAUUAUUUUUAUCGCGAAAGCAGAUUUCCAGCAGUUUUCUAUGACAUGGCGAUUACUUUAACUACACUGGAUAUGUGCAACAUGAUCACUGACGAUUAUUGCGAUACGUCAACUUUGGGAUAUGCAUAUGUAGCUGGUGCAUGCGACAGAAACGCAACAAAACAAUCGUCGGAAGCCGUAGGAAUCGUUGAGGAUAAGGGUGGAUAUGACGGGAUCAUUCCCACGGCUCAUGAAAUCGGCCAUUUAAUAGGAGCGCGUCACGACGGCAAUCCCAAGGGCGCUGCAGAUUGUCCACCUUUCGACGGUUUCAUUAUGAGUUCUGGGCUUAUGUUACACGAGAACGGCUUCGAAUGGUCCUCAUGCAGCAUUAAUGCAUUUUACAAUUUCAUCAACGAGGACAGAGCCAAGUGUCUUUACAACGAGCCUAAUGUCUUGGGUAAACAGAUACCGCGUACUUUACCCGGGAAAUUGAUGUCGUUAGACGAACAAUGCAAAAGAAUCUUUGGAACAUCGGCGUGCAAUAAAGAUGCUACAGUCUGCACUCGCUUGGAGUGCGAAUAUCCUGGGUUUGAAGGCUUUUGCAGGGCAACGGCUCCAGCAGCGGAAGGAUCUCCAUGCGGAGAUGGUUUGUUCUGCUUGAAUGGCAAAUGUGUACUGGAAGGAACAAUGGUUAAGGAACCAAAGAAGAAAAAUAUGCCCAAAUUCAUUGUUCAAAAGAUCAAGGAAAUUCCAUGGAUUUCCAAAUUGUUGAAAAGAAUAAAAAAGAGACUGCAUCUUUCGUAAAAAUGAAUGUACAUAUUAAUAAGUACAUUAUAUAUGCUGUUAUAUCAUCGUACUCUAUGUUGCUGCUGCUGCUUUAAUGGGAUGCCAAAAAAAAAGUAUAAACAAAAAUUUAAUGUUCAAGAUAUAUAUUCUUGUGAAUGUUAUUAUAUUCUAUUCUGAUUAAAACUUUGUAUAUAGUAGUCUAUGCUUGUAAGUAUGUCAAGAGAAUUAUGUAAGCACGCAUAAUUCACAUAAAAAUAUCAGAAUAUAAUAUCCGGAAACUAUUACAUAUUCUCUUUCAAUUUCUCAUAUUGUUAAGCAAAUUUUCUCCUUACUGUAUAUUUUUAUAAUCAUAUUUUGAUACAGAUUUUUUAUAUUCUCCACAUUAAAUAUCUCGA